AUGUCAGAAAUCAUUGGUAUCAUUGAAAGAAUUGUUUUAUUAGGUCAACAAAUUAUUGAGAGGUUAGAAGCGCACGAAGAAGCAGUCGCAAGUCUCAAGAGGUUGGAACAAAUUUUAUGGCUGCUCAAAGAUGUUGUCAACGAAAUUACCAACACCAAUGUUUAUAAAUCCCAUAUUGUCGGUAUCAAAGAUACUCUUGAACGAACUCAGAAUGUUUACAUGAAGUGCGCUGAGGACCUUAACAGCAAAAAAAAGGAUGGCAAGCAUGUGAUGGGCAGGUUUAAGCAGGCCGUUGGAAUAUAUAAGGCCCCUAAUAUCCUAGCUGAUAUCCAACGCACUAUCAAAGAUGUUGAGAGUCAUCUUAGCAUCACUGAUAAGUCUUUAAGAACUGAAUUGAGAGAAGUCCUUUCAAACACCAUUGAUGAAUUAGUGAGAAGGCUUAAAAAUGACUGUCAGCAGCUCCAAGAAAAGCUCGAUCGUUGUACAAUUUCUAUAGAAUCUUCUUUCUUUGAAAGUCUGGAAAGUGAAAAUCCCGAGGCUAUUUCAUUUUGGAAGGAUCGUUUCGGGUCUACUGAGCUCAAUAUAUCAUCUGUUGCCCCAUACGAGACUAUGUAUGUCUCCUGGGCUCGGUUUGUUCAUGAAAUCGAGGUAACUUUUCAGCUAAAGAAUAUUCCAACUGCAACCAAGGAAGCCUAUUUCGGACAAAUUGAUGACAUUCGCAAAUAUGGUAAUAGAUACUAUAUCGAUCCAGCAGGAACACGCAAUCUCAAAGACAUUCGACCACUAUGGCUUUCAGCCUUGCGCAGAGCAUUGGAUCCACUUCAUAAAGGCUACGUUAAACCACACGAUUUCUUAUCUUUCGUUAAUACGGAGUCGUUAUCUAACAAACUAAGGCAAGUCGUUCUUGAUAGCUGCGGAUACGGAAUUUUUGUGGAAUGUCAACGGACAACUAGUGAUAUUGCAUUACCUUCUGAAUUAGAGAGUCCUCCCGACCAUGUUGGUUGGAUGUCAGCGUGUCAAAUCAUCUCAGUACCCUCAUCGGAUGAGCUUGGCAUAUUCAUAUACGACAAGGAAACCCAGCCACAUUUCAAAAAUCUUAUGGACAGCUUCACAUACCCUCAAAAUGACGUCUGGGUUUAUGUUCGCUAUCUCCAGACCGGCCAAAUUGAAAGAAAGCUUCUCUCGAAACAUGUGCGAAUGCUUGGUGGACUCUGUGUUGGAGCUUCAAUUUCUAUCCACUACGAUAUGGAAAAUAGUUCAGGUAAUUGGAGUGAUAGCCUUUUAAUUGUGGAGCUCAAAGCUUGUGCUGGUGGCCGUUAUAUUGUGACCGCUGGAUCAGAAGAAAACACUAUCGUAUUUGUAACGAAACAACCAUUCGGCUUUAAUGAUCGCACGGUACAAAGUGACCUACCUUGUGAAUUUGUUAAUCUUCCGGAAUUUGAUUACUGUCUUUUGGGGCCUUCGACAAUUUUCACGCAAGAGCCUAAAGUUGGUGAGAAAAUCCAGGUGAGACAUUUAGGAACGGGAGCCAAGAAAACUGAUAUCAAGUCAGAUGGAUUAUGGUAUGAUGUCAAAGUUACCGCAGUAAAUGGCGACCAUGUAGAAUAUAUUUCGACUUCUAAUCUAAACAGCCCAACAAGCGAUACUUUUACUGAAGAUGUGUCUAAUUUAGAAGUCAGACCUUAUCGUUGCCUCCAUAUUGGUGAUCAUGUUGAAGCACCUGUAAUAUACCCAGACUAUCUCUACAAUUACCAUAGCCUUGAAGAAUCGCAACUUUACCUCCCAGCUCGCAUUAUGGAUGUUCAGGGUGAUCAGUAUCUAGUCAAGUUUAGUCCUGCUGCCAUGGCCUAUCAUUGGUGGCCCGGUCGCGCCUCAGUUAACGAAGAAUUUCCACGUGGGCUAAAUUCCAAAGAGACCGUUAAGAAUCUGUUUGAUAAAACACAAGUUUUGGUGAGCAUGGAUCGGGUUCGUCCUUACGCUAGAGGUGGCUCAUAUCCUGUCUUGGGCACGCAAUCUAUAAGGCCAAAGAGCUGGUCGGCGUUUCAGAAGAUCCAAUUUGAGGAUCUGCAACAAAUUGAAAAUAUUCUAUGGAAGUGA